UUGAAUCUGACUUGUGUCUCAUUGAUUCACGAAGCUUUAUACAGCGCACUUUACAAGUUUACAGGAAAACUGCGAGUAAGUGCAUAUUGUAUUGCGUUACAGACCUACAUCUGUAAACUAAUGAUUGGUUUAGUUCAUGUAGAACGCAAAUAAAAGCGAUUCAAAAUGCAUUUUAAUGGGAGAUGUUUUUGUAUGGAGGUCGAGACAGGGUGCCUUAUAUGGGCUAUAUUUACAACUAUUAUAACAGGUAUAGCAACAUUAUUGGGUUUUGGCUUUUUCAUCUACAUGAAUAUCGAGUUCGCACAACAAUCUGGAGACAAGCAAUUGGGAUAUUUUCUGGGAGAAAUUUUCAACAUCAUCGCAAUAUUUAUACUGUGCUUAAUAAUCAUUUCAUUUACCUUUUCGGUGCAUCUGCUUGUUGGAGUUGUUAAGAAAAGACCGCAUUACAUCAAAGCGUACUUUAUAUACGGCGUUGUGGUAUUUUCUAUCUUGGUGUCCAUAUAUUUGGUUUCAAUGGCAGUAGCUGUUGGACAUGAUGAGUUUGGCGGUUUUCUGUUAUUUUCCUCUGUCUUCAUAUCAAUAUUAGGCUUUUACGGUCUUAUAUUGCACAUGAUUCGUAUGACGUACCUCAAAUUCAAUGGAGAUUUAAUUCAGCAGUACACUCACAAGCUUAUUGUGUGAAUAAUAAUGGAAGACAAACUAUUUAUUUAUACAAUUAUACUGUAAAUAUAAACUUAUGCUUAUUGACAUAUAUACAAACAACUUUCUAAUAAUAGAAAUUAAAUUGAAUAAGAAUCACCUGUUUUUCUCUCUUUGUCCCCUAUAUUUGAUACUAUAAAAUUUAAAAACCGACCGGGUUAAGUUAUACCGGUAUAAGGGUUAUAUUUUCCACUUAAAACUUAAAACUGCGGAUGUAACAAGACUCAUUAUCGGAGAUAAUUUGUUAUAAAACUAAUUAUAGUUUGAAGAAGCAUUGUAAUAAGAAAAAUACAAAUAUUUUUAUAAAACGUUCGUUUUAAAUGCGUGAUGUCGUUGUGUUUUUUUAAUAAAUGUUUAUUGCUAUG